AUGGCAACAUCAACAGUGACGAGAUACCGGGGAAGUGGUAACGAGCAACACCAGGAUGCUGUCCAACUGUCCACGACAACGUGCCCACCGAGCAAUUUUCCAGAUAAAUUUCAGGAUUUUUUUGCUGCACUCACGGAAGACACUGACGAUCUGCCAACAAUGCUGGAGGACAAACUCAUACCCAGGAGAACCGACAGCCCUGAUGCCAAGAAAAAUAACACGAGAUGGGGAAAGCGGGCAUUUCAACGCAGAAGCAGCGAGAUAGAGGUGCGAUUGCAUGGGGGAGGUCAUUCCAUGGGUGGACAAUCACAGUCUAUGACUGAAGCCCCCAAAUCACCGACUCCCUCGAGGCGAAGGAGCUGCAGCAUCGCCGUGGCCCGGCCCACGCCGGAUUUGCACAGAUUUUUGCAGACCGAGGCGGGUCCCUGGGGGCACUUAUCACCCUCACCGAGGAGCCCAACGAGGAAUAGUAUAUUGAAUCCUGGGGCUGUUGCAAUGACACCGCACUUGAGUCCCAGUCCGACGAGCCCAUCCGCACCUGGGACAGCAUCGCGGGCAAGAGUUGACAGGCAGCGGGGGCGAACCAGCAGUAUGCCAGCCGUUCCUCGACAUCGGCCGAUGCUCGGUGACACGAAGCGAGGGGGCCUCUUCGGGGACGCCGAGGAGAACGAGGCGGACAGCGAAGUGGAAUAUUAUCGACUGAGGUCAUUCUCCAUAACUGCCAACGGGGUGUUCAACCUCGGGGACUCCCUCAAGAGCCGACGGAGCAAAAGCAUCAACAGUGUCACAUCAUCAGGAACCAGUUGCAGCAGCACCAGAGACGCCCGAUUACUCAGUUCGGGGUCGCAGCAUUCGUGCAUCGGGACAGAUGAGAAUGCUGAUAGUGAGAACAAAGUGGCCACCUACAAGGUGGGCAUGCUGGGGGCCUCGGGAGUUGGGAAAACCGCACUGACGGCUCAAUUCACCACCAGCGAGUAUAUCUGCGCGUACGAUGCAUCUCUGGAUGACGAGUACGGUCAGAAGAGUGUGUCAGUGAUGAUCGAUGGACAGGAAACGGAGCUUGAGAUCAUAGAUCAUCCAGCAUCAGAAAUGUCGGUGGAGAGUUUCUGUGCGACGUACAACCCUGACGUGUACGUCGUGGUCUACUCGGUAGUGGACAGGAGUUCCCUGAAAGCCGCCGAGGAGACACUCCUCUACCUCUGGAAAAGUGACUACAUGGACACCCACGGUGUCAUCCUCGUGGGGAACAAAGUCGAUCUGGAGAGAAAACGAGAAGUUCCAUCGAUGCUUGGCAGACGGCUAGCCAACAGCUGUGGCUGCAAAUUCAUCGAGACAUCGUCAGGCCUGGCCCAUCACGUGGACGAGCUUCUCGUGGGAGUUCUUGCCCAAAUAAAAUUAAAUCCCCAACGGGCUCGCGAUCAUGUGACAAGACGAAGGAGAAGCAAACAACGACGCAAAAUUCUCAAGCAUUUGCUCGGAUUCAAGAGAAAAACCAAGAGCUGUGAGAACCUGUUUACCCUUUGAGCUAGUGAUACACGCCGCAAUGUGAAGAAAGAAAAAUUACAUUUUUACCUCUCGUGUCCUAGAUGUUAACCCAUAUCAUCAAUAAAGAUGUUCAUUAUUACGUGAA